AUGUCCACUCCCACACCGAGACCCAGAUUCUACCUCACAAUGCCAGUCAUCUACUCAGUCAUCUGUCCUGUGGGGCUAACAGGCAACACCGCCAUCAUCUAGCUAAUCCUCAUAGCCACAAAGAUGAAAACGGUCACCAACAUCUUCAUCUUCAUCCUCAGCCUGAUGAGCUGAUGAGCUCAUGAGAUCUUUCCCUUGGUGCUACCCAUGAACCUUGCUGACUACCUGCUCUUGCAAUGGCCCUAUGGAGAAUUCAUGUGCAAGGUCAUCAGCUCCAUAGACCAGUAAAACACCUUUUCCAGCAUCUACAUCCUUACUGAUAGCAUUGACUGCUAUCUGGUUGUGGUUGCCAACACCAAGUCCAUGAAGAUGUCCUACCACGCCUACCAAGCAGCCAAGAUUGUGAGCCUCUGUGUCUGGUCCUUUGUCACAGUCAUCAUCCUGCCCUUCACAGUCUUUGCUAAGAUAUACAAGGAGCAGGGGUGCUCCCAGCGUGCCUUCAUGUUCCCCCAGCCUCCGAAUGUGUGGCGGAGAGGCAGUUGGAUCUACACCCUUAUUUUAGGCUUUACCAUCCCAGUGUCCACCAUGUGCAUUCUUUACACCACCAUGCUGUGCAGAUUGAGAUGUGUGCAUCUCCAUUACAAUGCAGAAGCCCUGGACAAAGCCAAAAAAAAGGUGACACUGAUGGUGGUUGUCAUCCUGUCUGUGUGCCUGUUCUGCUGGGUGCCCUAUCACCUUAGCACAGUGGUAGCCCUCAUCACAGACAUCCCACUAACCCUGUUCAUCAUUGGGAUUUCCUACUUCAUCACUAGCUUGAGUUAUGCCAACAGCUGCUUCAACCCUUUCCUGUAUGCCUUUCUGGAUGACAGUUUCCAGAGAAGCUUUCGCAAACUGGUAGAUUGUAGAACCACCUCAUAA